CUUCCGGCGGCGUAGAGUGGUCCGUGAAUUUCUUACACAGAAAGUAUGGUGUCGCGAAAGCAGAAGCGUGUCCUGCGCUACGUCGAGGAGGGAAGCGUGCUCAAGCUCAAGUCGUACUUGCGCAAGCACCACCACAUGGAGAUCAGCUUCUCCCAGGGAAGGAAGCAGAGGGGCCCCCUGCACGUGGCCUGCUCUGUGGGAGACGACGCUGUGCUCCGGCUGCUGCUGCGCAGAGGAGCAGACGCCUUGCAGAAGGACCACAGGGGCGACACACCACUGCACAUAGCCGUCAACCAGGCCCUCAAGUAUGGCAAAACAGCCUACGAUGACCUGGUGGUUCCCCUGCGGAGGAGCUGCCCCUCCGCCAUGGAUGUGGCCAAUAAGGCUGGAGUGACGCCCCGUGACCUGCUGCGCUGGAUGAGAACAGAGCAGUUAAGUGACCUGCAGCCAGAGGGCAGUCCAGAGCAGAAUGACGCUGAAAGCCAGUGGAGGGAGAAGCUCUUUGGUGAAUGUCAAGACGAGUUCUGUGAGACCUUUGGCCAGUAUGAUGAUGAUUUCCUGCGAGACGAUGUGGACCCGGAGGACUUCGGGCACUGGGCAGACCGUAUCCGGCAGGAGUACUAUGCCAAGCAGCGGGCACAGGAGACAGAGGGCAGGACAUAUGGGAAGAAGAAGAAGAAGAAAGAGGAGAAGGAGGAGUCCGAGUACGACAGGCGCCAGUUCCAGGCCCAACUAGAGCGUGAACAUGCAGAGUACCAGGUGCGGGCACAGCGCCGGGCUGAGGAGGUCAUGCUGGGCAGGAGGCAGCGCUAUGAGGAGAAGUGUGCUGCUGCGCUGAGUGAUGGCUCUGACACCUUGCUGGGCUACAGUGACAUCCCUUGGCCUGCGCCCCGCGGCUCUGUGGAGGACAUGGUUGCGGUCAUGCUGCAUGGUGCCGACCGCUCGGACCCCAGCGCCUUCCGCAAGGUUUUGCGGCGCCAGCAGGCUCUGUGGCACCCGGACAAAUUUGCCCAGCGCUGUGGCGGGCGUCUGUGUGACAGUGAGCGCCAACGAAUCCUCGACACGGUCACUGCGCUCUCGCAGGAGCUCAACAGACUAGCCCAGGACAUCCGCUGAAUGGAUCCGGGAGCCCCGGUGCAGUGUACAGCUGGGGGACAGAUGACCACACCCUCGUUUCAGUGAAGGACG